AUGGACAACUGUACAGAAGUGACACAGUUCAUCCUCUUAGGACUAACCGAUGCCCCAGAACUGCAGGUUCCCCUCUUUAUCAUCUUCACUCUCAUUUACCUCAUCAAUGUCAUCGGGAACCUGGGGAUGAUCAUGUUGAUCCUGCUGGACUCUCGUCUCCACAUUCCCAUGUAUUUUUUCCUCAGUAACCUGUCUCUGGUGGACUUUGGCUAUUCCUCAGCUGUCACUCCCACAGUCAUGGCAGAGUUCCUUACAGAAUACAAGACUGUCUCCUACAAUGCGUGUGCAACUCAGAUGUUCUUUUUCAUAGCUUUUGCCACUGUGGAAAAUUACCUCUUGGCCUCCAUGGCCUAUGACCGCUAUGUAGCCGUGUGUAAGCCCUUACAUUACACCACGACCUUGACACCAAGUGUAUGUGCUCGUCUGGCCAUAGGAUCCUAUGUCUGUGGCUUCCUGAAUGCCAUAUUUCACAUUUGGGACAUAUUCAGUCUCUCUUUUGGUAAAUCCAAUGUGGUCCAUCACUUUUUCUGUGAUGUUCCAGCAGUCAUGGCUCUGUCUUGCUCUGCUGCACACCUUAGUGAAGUUCUUCUGGUUUUCAUGUCCAGCUUUAAUGUCUUUUUUGCUCUUCUGAUUAUCUUGAUCUCCUAUGUAUUCAUAUUUAUCACGAUCUUGAAGAUGCACUCAGCUCAGGGCCACCAAAAGGCUUUGUCCACCUGUGCCUCCCACUUCACUGCAGUCACCAUAUUUUAUGGGACAGUCAUCUUCAUGUACUUACAACCCAGCUCCAGUCACUCCAUGGACACAGACAAAAUGGCGUCUGUGUUUUAUACUAUGGUCAUCCCUAUGCUGAACCCUAUGGUGUACAGUCUGAGGAACAAGGAGGUCAAGAGUGCAUUCAGAAAAGUGGUUGAGAAGUUCUAUUAUCCUCAACCAUGGUCCGUCCACCAAAAAUUCAAAUACGAGUAGAUCAACUCAAAUCACUUAAUGACUUUCAAAAGUUAUUAGGAGACAUAAAUUGGAUAAGGCCUUAUUUAGGUAUACCAACAGGAGAGUUGGGACCUUUAUUUGAUAUCCUAAAAGGUCCAUCAGAUCCAAAUUCACCCCGAAUGUUAAUGCCUGAAGCAAGAAAGGCAUUAAAAAUCAUUGAAACAUAUAUGGAAAAUAUGCAUUUGGAUAGAAUUGAUAUAAGUUUGCCUUUAUUAUUUAUUGUACUACCAACAAAAAAUAUUCCUACAGGAGUAUUUUGGCAAGAAGGUCCAUUAUUACGGAUACAUUUAUCUUAUUCUCCUAACACUAUUCUUACUAGGUAUCCUGAGGCUGUAGGACAAUUAAUACUCAAAGGAAUAAAAGCAGCAAAGGGAGUGUUUGGAAUUUCUCCCAAUAAAAUUAUUACUCCAUAUACUAUGAAUCAAAUUGAUGAGUUAGCUAAUGAGUUAAAUACUUGGGCAAUAAU